AUGACGGUGCGGUUUGUUCAGUUUCCGGGUGACGAGAUGUGGGAUGCUGUGUCGAUAGGAUACAUCCCAACCCUCUACGCGCCCGCGCCAAGACACUGCACCACCGAAGAACCAUCGCCAGACCCCGUCGCGGCCACCGCCGCCACUGACGAGCAGGUCACUGUUCCGCCUCUCUCCAGCGUCAUCAAUAGCGUGGGCGCCAAAGGAGCCACAGACUUAAAAGGUGUCAUCCAGGGCGACCAGACCUUUACGUUUGAUAUGAUCGCUGCUACUCGAGAUAGUCAAACAGUGUCAUACAGUUUUGCCGGAGCCGAUGAGGUCGCCGAGUCUAAGGCGUCGUGCGUAGCCCGUCUGUACGAUGCCGUAGCUCGGUGCUUGGCCUUGCCGCGUAAAGUCACGAAGGUCUACUCCGCGGGUGUUGAUGCCCGGGACUCUGCGCCCAAGGGACCCGCUCCACAGAUAACGCCCUCGGCCUAUCCAGAAAAGCGCAGGUUCACGUGCGAGGAGCUCUUCUUGGAGGUCACGUCAUUAGCAAGUCUGCAGUUCGCCCAAGCCCAGGGAAAACAGCUGCCAUCGCCGCCUUCCCGCCGGCCACCGGCGACGGCGUACGGCCACCGCCCAACCGACUACUUGAACCGCUAUGCCGAAACAAUAGCCCUGCUCGAUGGCAGUGCCACUGAGCAAAAGGUCCCGCAAGCUCAGGACCAGGGAGAUCGCGAGGUAUUCGCUGAAGCCAAGCCGGCAGAGGCCAAAUAUAGCGUGAAGUUGAACGAGGGUAAAGUCCACCCCAACGGGAACAGCGAAGAAUCCGUCGGUGAUGUCGAAAACGACGAAGUAAACGCCCCAGGAGUUUCGAUGACUGCCCAGGCCAAAGAGAGAAGUCGCGAGGCCGAGGCGAACCCGCGCGUUCACGCCAUCGACAACCACCACAUUGACGCCGACACUGACAACGACCACCAGGCCGCUGCGGCGAACACCACGGAAGAUCCUCCGGAUGGCGGAAAAGCGGAGCCUAUGAAGGUCGCUACACCUAAGACAAAGCCUGCCUGCAGGGCAGCAAUGACGACGCAGCUACGGAGACCGUGGCCACCUGGAAGAAAGACAGGGGCCCGCCGCAAUAUCAAGGCUAGCGGCAGCGAGGCUGACACUGUGGACCAGGGCGAUGCGCUGGUGAGGCCGACGUCAGUGGUAAGGUCUACAUCGGCGGCGCUCGACGAAAAGAACGUCGCCGUGGUGGAAGGCGACGAAGCUCGGGCCCCCACCCCCCUGCCCUCUCACGGUGACCGAGAUCGUGAAGGGCACGGCGCAGCUGUGUCCGCUAGCUUCUCCACGGACAGCUUCGCGGAGUGCCCUGCGGCAGUCGUCGACACUACCCGAGAGGUUUACUUCUCCCUACAGAUGUCCGACUUCGUGUCGGAACCCACCACAGGACCAUCCUUGACAAAGACUAAGACCGUCUGCGAGCCACAGCAGCCGACGAGCCGGCCUCCAAGCUGUCCAGCGCUAGAGUGCCAGGAGGCAUCGGGCGACGUCAGCCGUGUGUCGACGUCAGCUCCAUCGCAACCAGCCAGUGACGAAACACUAACCACCACUCCCGGUUGGGCCCACAGUCAGGAGCAACAUCAUUGCCGACCAUCACCGCAGUCAUUGGCCGAGUGUGCGGACGCUCGCCCCCAUCCAAGCACCGAUUCCCUAAAGCAAGCUGAGGUGCUUAUCCCAGCUGGGUUCGUUGACGCCAAAGACUUGCCAGUUCAGGACAUGUCUCAAGCUAAUGACACGGCUUCUGGCCAGUACGGCUCAAAUGUUUGCGACCCUUUGGCCGACGUUGGCCAGUUCCUGACGCACGACGGACUGGAUGAGGGAGACGGUGGCGUGAUGGUUGUCGGAGUUGAGGGUUGGGUGACGGUGGAUUCGCAGAUGUCGGAAGCCGAUAAGGUUGCCCAUGUCAUCAAGGGUAUAGCAGAUGAUGCCUUUCACCUGCUUGUAUUCAAGAACUCAUCUACCGUACAGGACAUCAUUUCCGAAUGCCGGCGCUUUGAGGAAGCCAAGAGCCGCCGUGUUCUCCACCAGUUUACACGCCUACCUAACACGGCUGCUACAUCCACCUGCGAAGACCCCCGCCUGCCUUCUACGGAAAGUUCCAGUGAUGUUGUCCGCAUUGUCCGCCGAGAAAUCGAAGCCGCUGCUCCGCUCACGUCACCAACCCUAAACUCCGACAACCAUCACGCCACCGUCUCCCUCAUCCAGUCCGUCGUGCGUCAGGAACUGGCCAACGUCGGCUGA